GAAGCAAAGGCUCCAAAGUAAGUUGUGAGUUGUGAGUUGUGAGUUGUGAUUUGUGAGGAGAAUAUGAAGGUGCUAGUUUUGUUUGUUGCUACGGUCCUAGCUGCAUCAUGGCAAUGCCAUGGAACAAUGUACCAAACUUUCCCUCUCCAAAUGAAAACCGGGUCUGACUCUGACGUGGAUGUAUCUUGUGCCAGUUGGAGGCUUGGUGUGGAAGCACACAACCUCAUCAACUGGCAAACCGUUCCUCUUAAGUGCCAAGAAUACAUAGCCAGUUACCUUCUUGAUGGCCAGUAUAGAUCAGACUCCAAAACCGUUUGUCGUGAAGCUUACUUCUACGCCAAAAAACUUAACUUAACUAACAGAGAUAUUUUCAUUUUCGACGUCGAUGAGACCCUACUCUCUAACCUCCCUUAUUUUGCUAACCAUGGAUUCGGGGUGGAACCACAUAACAAGACAGCGUUUAGUAAAUGGGUUGCCUCCGGUGAAGCAUUUGCACUUCCCGAGACCCUUAAACUCUACAACAAGAUCUUGUCUCUUGGCAUCAAGGUUGUUUUCUUAUCAGAAAGAAGACUGGAUCAAAAGGAUGUUCUGGUUAAGAACUUGAAGGAUGCUGGGUACCCCACAUGGGAAAAGUUAAUUGUCAGGGAUCCAGCUUCCUUUGGUGGUGAUGAUACAUUUGAAUACAAAUCAGCUGAGAGGGUGAAGUUGGUGGGAAGUGGAUACAGAAUCAUUGGGAACAUUGGAGACCAAUGGAGUGAUAUUGUGGGAAGAUACAAAGGCUUUAGGACCUUUAAGUUGCCAAAUCCCUUGUACUACAGUUGAGCUUUUCAGGCUCUCUAGCUCCUAUCUAAGGAAUAAGAUACAUUAUGUGGUAAAAUAGGAGCACUAGCUAGCUAUGUACUAUGUCACUCUAUGUUGUCUUGUUUUGGGGUGUGAAAUUUGGGUCGUGUAAGAGACUGCACAUCGUUGCUUUCUUUUUGCGUGGUUUGGUAAGUUAUGAGCCCUCGUUCCAUUUACAAA